CGUCCGAACACGUAACCGAAAAUUUACGAGAAAAUCAAAACUCGUUUCGUCAUUAUUGACCUCUUGCUCUACGCCGUCUUCUCCAAAGCAAAAUCAAAAGCUUCUUCGAUCUUAUUCUCGUCUGGUUAUAAUUUCCGAUUCUGCAUUCCCAAUAGGGAAUAAUGGCUACAGCUACGUAUCCGCCUCCUCCACCAUAUUACAGACUCUACAAGGAUUACUCAGAAAACCCUAAUUCUGCUCCUGAACCUCCUCCUCCGAUUGAAGGCACCUACGUCUGUUUUGGAGGCAACUAUACUACUGAAGAUGUUCUUCCAAGCUUAGAAGAACAAGGAGUGCCUCAACUUUAUCCCAAAGAUUCUAAUCUUGAUUACAAGAAUGAACUCAGGUCACUGAAUAGAGAACUACAGUUACAUAUAUUGGAGCUUGCUGAUGUUCUUGUUGACAGACCUUCUCAAUAUGCGAAGAGGAUUGGUGAAAUUUCUUCUAUCUUCAAGAAUUUGCAUCACCUUCUCAAUUCCUUGAGGCCUCACCAAGCGAGAGCAACGCUUAUUCACAUUAUGGAACUUCAAAUUCAACAGAGGAAACAAGCUGUGGAAGACAUUAAAAGAAGAAGAGAAGAAGCACAGCGACUUCUAAAGGAUGCUUACCUCACUUUAGAUGGUCAAUAGAGUCUUUUUUUGUGUGUGUAAAUUAGCAAUUAAUAAUCUGUCUGUUAUUGUUAUUGACCUUCGAAGCUUAUUAUAAUUUGUUAACACUAAAACAAAGUUAAUUUGACAAUCAACUAAGACUGAAUAGUAUGAGGAUUGUAUUAAUUAGACCAUAAUUAACCGGGUUUUCUUUUGAAGGAAAA